AUGGCCCUCACUUGUUCUCCUCCUACAGCAGCCCACCGGAAGCUGGCCUCGAAGAUCUUCUGUUUAUGCUGCAGAGACUGUGAGGAGCCCCAUUCCACGGAUGACUCCACAAUCCCCAGUGAAACCCAGGAGCAGCAGACUGGUAGGUACCAGAUAAGCAGCUAUGGGCUGUGCACACCCGCUUCAGGGUACUUGAAAUGCCUUCCCCUCCACCAUCUCCUUGGAGCCUGCCCAUGUGACCACAUGGAAUUGUCAUUGCCAGGUGUGAGGAAGCUUCAGCUGGACCAACAAAAUCCUAAGUAUGCUAAUAAAGCCUCCGGCUUGGCUUUGAGACAACCCCUGGCCCAUCCAGAAAAAGACUCCACCAGCAGCAGCGAUUUUGAGGAUAUGAAUACAGAAUGUCCCCAAAGAGGUUUUUACAAGAGAAACCUAGACCGCUACUCGCAGAAUCACUGGCCAUUCCAGCCAUGCCUCAUUGGGAGACCCUGAAAAUUCUAGUUGGGGACCUCGUGCGAGUGUCCCAGGCCACACAGCUGCGGGAGUGACUCCAGGAGGAAGAGGGAGGUGAACAGGGGCCAUGAAGACUGACUCGGAAACUCCCCCAAGGAGGAGAAGACGUCUGAGCCAUCCCUGCGCCACCAGCAAGAGUCACUUCAGCUCCUGAGAAAACCACUUCGGGAGGAGCUGCCUCCAAUUAAAGUCCUUGGUCGCGUCACAGGACUGUGUCUCUUCUCGUUUCCCUCUCCCUUACCUGGGAGUGUCUCUUCCAAAAUGUCUUGCCAUUUUUAAAUGUGCUAACCUAACAUCUAACUAACUGGGAACAACUUUUGUAAACUUUUUGAUAGCUUCAUUAAUUUUAUCUCUUUAAUUUUGAGAUACCUGUUAUUUCAAACUUAAAGGAAAGUUGCAACAAUAGUACAAAGAACCCCAUUUCACUGUUUACCUGGAUUUGCCCAUUGCUGACAUUUCUCAUUUACAUCCCCAUUUCUUUUCUUUCUCUCCUUCUAACUUUUUUCUAUUUGAGAGUGAGUUGUGCAUAACAUGUCCCAGUGCCCUAAAAGUCUUCAGUAUUUCCUAAGAACAUGGACAUUCUCUUACAUAACUGCAGUACAAUUAUCAAAAGCAGGAAA